AUGGCCACCAAGCUGGGCUCUUGUCGCCCGUUUCUUUCGGCCCCGGCCACGCGGUUUGCUCCCUUAAAUUCCUGUCGCUACAACUCGAACUUUGGAGGAACGACCUUGAACCCAGCUACAGACGCCAGACUUCGGGGCUUCCGCAGGAGACAGCUUCAGAGCGAGAGAUUUGAGAAAGAGAGAAUCCUGGACCAGAGGGCCUUCGACCUACAGAAACAUCAGACCCGAGACUGGAAGGCUGGCGAUGUGUACUCUCCGCGAGACCUAAGCCCAGUGGAAAUGAAAAAAUGGAAGAGAAGGCUACCUCCUCCAAGCGAUAUCUUUGACGCGCUAUCACUGAACCCAUUACACAUGUACAAGAACUUCGCCGUGAUGUCCGAAUACGUGAGCGAGACGGGCCGAAUCAAGCCAGCCACAGAAACCGGUCUACGACGAAUUAACCAGAGGAAGCUUUCAAAGGCCAUCAGGAGGGCAGAAACUAACUGGGAGGUUAGAUUCCACCUGGGCGGCUUGCCCUUCUACGACCAGGGGACAACCAACUCAGCUGUCCUCCGAUCCGAAAGGCGAGCGGCUAGCUUACGCGACCACAAAGCCGAGACCACCGUUGCCAGGUUCUCACCUUCCGGCUACUACGUUGCUAGUGGAGACGCUGCCGGUAGCGUACGAGUAUGGGACUGUGUCGGAGAUGGCAUAACGAAAGGAGAAUACUUCAUUGUGAGCGGGAGGAUCAACGAUCUGGCCUGGGACGGUGACUCCCAGCGGAUAAUCGCAGUCGGGGAGGGUAAACAAAGAUUCGGGCACUGCAUCACGGCGGAUAGCGGUAACACCGUCGGCGAAAUCACGGGCCAUAGCCAGGUCAUCAACUCAGUGUCAAUCAGGCAGCAAAGGCCACUUCGCGCUGCAACGGCUGGAGAUGAUAGGACCAUGGUGUUCUAUCACGGUGCGCCGUUCAAAUACAACACAGGAGUCCGAGACAAGCACAACAAUUACAUAUACGGCGUUGCGUUUAGCCCGAACGGUGAGAAUCUCGUUAGUGUUGGUGGUGACAGAAGGAUUUGGAUAUACGAUGGGAAAACUGGAGAAGUCAAAGGCCAGAUCGGGGAAGGCGAACACAAAGGCAGCAUCUUUGGGGUUUCCUGGGCUAGUGAUUCUCAAAGAUUUGUCACAGCCAGUGCCGAUCGUACCGUUAAACUCUGGGAUGCUGAGCAUGGCAAAGUAGUCCAGAAUUGGACUCUUGGGGAGGAUGGUGCUGCUGGAGUAGCAGACCAACAAGUCGGGGUGGUAUGGCCAAGUGGAAGAAGUGAUGGUUUGGCCAUAAGCUUGUCCCUCUCAGGGACUCUUAAUUAUUUGGUCGAGGGGACCGAGAAGCCAACCAAAAGGGUCGAGGGCCACCAAAAGAACAUCAUGACUUUAUCUUCUCGUCAAUCGUGCCCGAGUGAGACCUUUUGGACGGGUAGCUACGACGGCAGGGUGUGCCAGUGGGACCUAUCCGAAGGAGCAGCACAUACAACAAAGGGGUCUGGCCACAAGAGCUACAUUGCAGGCCUAGCAGCCACAGAUGAGGGAAACUCCGGACAUAUCUAUACCGUUGGAUGGGAUGAUACACUUAGGUCUGUUGCUUUAGGGUCUAACAGUUACACCGAACUGGAGAGAAAACUGGCCGCACAACCAAAGGGCAUCGCAACAGCAGGAGAUUUUAUUCUGGCUGCUAACACUGAUAUGAUAGAGAUAUUUCUUAAAGGGCAAAUCACGGGGGAAUUUAAGUCGAAACUACCGAUCACUGCUGUUGCCGCUGUCGGAUCAACGGUAGCUAUCGGAGGCGAGGACGCCUCUAUUCGAAUUGGCAAAAUCGAUAAAAAUGGCACGGGCAUUGACGUUAGCAUCGAAGCUAACCUGUCAAGGAACCCCAUCACGGCGCUGACAUUCUCAUCUGAUGCAUCGAUUUUGGCUGCUGGCGACUCAAGAGGCCGAAUCAUGGUCUAUAAGGUCUCCGAUGGCAGCAUAAUCACAGACCGCUGGACCGCACACACUAGCCGCGUGACAUCACUCGCUUGGAACAUGGAAGCCACGCAUUUGGUAAGCGGAUCUCUCGACACAAAUAUCUUCGUAUGGAACCUCGCCCGCCCUGGAGAUUGGCUGCAGAUGAAAAAUGCCCACCAGGAAGGUGUCAAUGUCGUGACGUGGAUAGAUGAUGGCUCCAGAAUUGCAUCCGGAGGUGCUGAUGGUGCUGUGAAAACCUGGAUCGUCGAGCUUGCGAAGUAA